AUGGUUUGCGACGAAGAACAUCUGUUUGAAAUCGACCAGAGCGAUUGUUGUGGCAAUGGUUGCACCAACUGCAUUCUUGACAAUAAGCCAAAACCAAGUGUGCGCGCGUUGCUUGCAGGCAAGCGCAAUGUUAUCCUAAACUAUUGCAAAUUCAAAUUGUUAUAUAAGCAGACCCAUUCCGAUUCUGACAAGAAUUCACAGGUGCUUCAUCUGCAUUUUGCUUACGAAGCAGGAGCAGAUGAGGACGAUGGCAUUCUGGACAUUCCACCGGGCCAUCAUGUGAUGCUGCGGGCAACGGUUGAAGCGCAUGCGCCCCCACUGCUGCGUCCGUACUCGCCCUAUUGGGUGGACUUUGAGCGCAAGCAAUUCAAAAUAUUGGUCAAGCUUCAGCCGGACGGUCCAAUGUCGGCAUAUAUAGCUGGGCUGCAACCGCAGGCGUUGCUGGAAUUUCGAGGACCAAUUGGCAACUAUGCGCACAAUGCCAGCAGCCCGAAGUGCAUUUUUAUCAUAGCCCAGGGAGUGGCUAUUGCCCCCACAUUGCCGCUGAUCACGCAAGUGCUGGACAAUGAGGACGACAUGAGUCGCAUUCAUCAUAUGGUGUGCGCCCGCGAUUUGAGCCACCUGUACUUUCGCGAGCGUCUGCUGGAAUUUGCCAAAUAUUGGAAUUAUCGAGGCUGUGCUUAUCUGGCGCAUCAAAAGUGUGCUUCCGCUGUCUGCAAGGAGAACGGUGGCUGCAAUGAGGAGUGUUCAGCUUUUCGCGCCAGUCUUCGCUACAAGGAGACAGUGCGUACUAGACGAUUGGGUGCCAAUGAGCUGGAGACAUAUUGCCAAUUGGCUGGCUCGUCUUCAUCCAACGGCGAACGCGUGCUCAUCAUAGCCGGCCAUGCAAAUUUCCAAGAGCAAAUGCGCGCAGAGGCAAUGAAAGCAUUGGGAGUGCUGGAGACAAAUGUUUAUUUAUUGUAAAAACAAAUUGUGGUAUAUACAACAUGUACGAUAAGUGUAAACUCAUUGAUUAUUGCUUUUGUGGCGGCAUCAUAUCUGCAUAUUUCGCGAGAUAUGGAGUCAAUAGCUCCAUGGGCAAGGGAAAGAUAAUCGUUGAGUUUUUCUCGGCGGAAAUACUGCUCAGCGUUUGCAGAUAACGUAACUUGCCGAUGGACUGGAGGAUAUGACAUCGGAGGCUUCCUUCAAUGCAGCUGCGGAUUUCUUCUCACCCUCAGCGGCUAUAACCUUGGCACGUGCGUCUCGCGCUGCUUCUGCUUCGGCAGCCAUGGCUCUUUGCAUGGAAUGGGGCAACGAGACAUCUUUGCUGCACGGAUUAAUCAUCAAUGUCAUUAAGACAACAAUACAAAUCGCAUGGCAUAGCUUACAUCUCCACACGCUCCACCAUCACGCCCCAUGGCUCAGUGGCCACAUCCAAAGUUCCCUGCAUGUUGUGGGCCAGCGUUUCACGUUCAGUCAGCAGCUCGGACAGGUUGCGUGUGCCCACAAUGUUGCGCAAAGUGGUGGCUGCGAGCAGGCGAGUCGAUGUGCUAUAAUCUGCUA